AUGAGCUUUACUGGGAAGGUCAAAACAUUUCGAGUUCAUGACGUGAUGUUAGAGAUUAUUGUGUCUAGGUCAAUUGAAGAGAAUUUUAUCACUCUGGUAGGUGAACAGCACAUUUCAGUGCCACGAGAGAAAAUUCGGCGACUAUCUGUUCACAGUGGAGACAUGAAAGAUAUUGCAACAAGCAAGAUGUUAUCCCAUGUCCGGUCCUUGAGCAUAUUCUCCGGUAGAGAAACACUGCAGUUUGGUUGGAUGAAACUAUUGAGAAUAUUAGAUUUAGAAGGUUAUGGAAUUCUGAGGAAUAGAUAUCUCAAAAAUGUAUGCAGCCUCUUUCAGUUGGAGUAUCUUAGUCUCAGAAAAACACACAUCAUGGAACUCCCCGCACAAAUAGGAAACCCGCAGAAGUUGGAGACUCUGGAUAUGAGGGAAACGGGUGUCAAGCAUUUGCCUUCAGGCAUUACCUAUCUUCCUCACUUAAUAAACUUACUUGCAGGGAGAAGAUUUUACAAUCACAAUGGAUUGUGGCCUGUUUCUGAGUAUUGGGGGUUGCAUGUCCCUAACAAAAUUGGCAAUUUGGAUGCACUUGAAACACUUGAGCAGGUAGAAAUCACAGAGUAUGCUUCCCAUUCCAUUAGUGAGCUGGGGAAAUUAUCUCGUUUGAGGAAGCUUGGGGUAAUGAUGUUUGUUGAUGAUGACAACAGCUGGGCAUCCUUGAUGUCUGCACUUGAGAAUAUAAGUAGCAGCUUAUGCUCGUUAUUACUUUGGCGUCCUGAUGGGACAAUGAACUUCAAUUCUCUUGAUUCAUUAUCAAGACCACCAUUGUUUAUGAGAAGUAUCGACUUUUGUGGUCAGUUAAGAAAACUACCGAAGUGGUUCCCAUCUCUUUCUAACCUCACUGAGUUAACCCUUCGUGCAACCGAACUAAGUGCAAAGGAAGACCUGGAGGUGCUUGCACGGUUGCCUAGCCUAAUCUACCUUCGGUUGCAUCACAGUGCAUAUGUUGAAACCGAAUUUGCUGUUGCUGCAUCAGAAUUCCCAGUUCUUAAGUUGCUUGUCAUUCAUCUUGCCAUGUUUGAAGCUUGGAGGGCAAGAUUUCAUGAAGGUGCCUUGCCUAGGCUUGAAAAGCUAGAGCUGUCAUUGUUUGAACGAGCUUCCAUCCAAGAGGUUUCUGGUAUAGAGUUCCUUCCUAAUCUUAAGGAAGUUUCGGUUUCUGCUUGUCCAGACAACACUAUGGAGGAUGACAUUCAAUCUCUGAAGGAUGAUGCCGAGAAGAACCCUAGUAAGCCCACUGUCACUUUCAAUAUGAAAAAGUGGGUACCGAUGAAGGCAAGGACAGAUCCACCUUUAGAUCAUAGGGGGAACCUACGGUCUUCAUAUUUAGACAACUCUGAUGAUUUGUAA